GACAUGUCUCCUGACGAGAGGAUGAAGCUUCUCCUCUUCCUGGCGUCCUUCUUCGGAGCUGUAGGACUUCUGCUCACGCUGCUCUGCUGUGGGACCGAGUACUGGCUGCUGGCGGCCGAGUCCUGCAGCCGACCGGAGGACAGACGGGAGACUGGAGGAGAGGAGAUGAGGAUCUUUCACGAGGGUUUGUUCUGGCGAUGUUCCUUCGUGGUCACUUCACACGAGUUCUCUGUGUGGGACCUUUGGAUCGCCAAUCAGCCGUCGUCAAAGAUUUGCCAGGCGGCGUUCCUCUUCCCAUUUCCUGUGAACGAGCCAAUGAGAUCACAGAUGGACGCACUUCCUCCUGAGCCUUAUGAACAUCACUCUGCUAUUGUUUUCAGGACUUUCUGGAGCAUCUUCCUCGUCUCAGGUUUGGUUUCUGUGGUCACCGGUGGAUUCGUGCUCAUCUGUGCCGGCUCGUUGACCAAUCACAGACUUCUGAGAGCGGGUGGGGCCCUUCAGCUCUGUGGGGGCCUGUGUCUGCUGGCCGUGCUGCUGAUGUUCCUGAUGUGGGUCCAGGUCCUGGACACUCUGGAGCAGUUUGUCCUCCGUCAGAGUGUCUCCGUCUGUCCCUCCUUCCACCUCAGCGUCCACCACGGCCCCUCCUUCCUCCUGGCUCCACCAGCCGUCUUCUUCUGCCUAUUCGCCGGCCUGCUCUUCGUCCUGAUUGGCCGGAUCGUUCGGCGAGACCAGAAGACGGACAGAGACCCCGACCCUGAGACCUCGGUGUAG